AUGGGAAUUUUGACUACAUCUAUGCCUGGGCAUCGGAUCGCCCUAUUCGGGCCCCAAGUUACUUCACUGACGUCAAAGGAGCUUCUCGACUUGCAAUCGGCACUCUUAUCAAAUCCCAAGCUCCAAUUCCUCGCGGACGCGCUUGCCCAACUUCCCUCGCUAUGGCCACAGCUUAAAGAGAUCGAAGGCGCAAGCGAGGCUCAUGGUGAGGACAAACUGAAGGCGCUAUCCAACUUUGCAACAGGGAAACACACUUUGGACCCUGAAAAUCUCACAAACACCCACCUCGCACCACUUAGCAUCGUUUUGCAGAUUCUCGACUUGAGUUCUCGAUCCGACUAUGACACAUUCCUCGAUUCCGUGGAAUCCGCCCAGGGGUUCUGCAUUGGCUUCCUCUCCGCGGCUACUCUUGCGUCAUCAUCCAGCUGGACCAACUUCGAACGCAAUGCUUCAGCUGCGUUGCGACUCGCUGCCUGCAUUGGGAUCGUCGUGGAUGCAGAAGAUGCCAGCCGAUCUCAUAAGGACCGCGCUGUGGCCCUUGGAGUUCGCUACAAAGCACACUCCGACAGGGCAAAUCUGGACAUAUGGAUAGAUCAACUACGCGAUGUAGGUGGCGAUGAUAUGACAAGCUACCUGUCAGCCCCUGACUCGGACGCUAACGCGGACCAGGCCUAUAUUUCAUGCGUAUGCGAUGAGAGACUUCUCACAGUGACACUACGAGCCGGUGAUCAAGCAUGGCUUACCAGUCGCCUCACCGAGGCCGGAAUUGCAAGCACCAAACUCGGCCUCAGGGGAAGCUAUCACUACCCACAGCACUCGCAGGCCGCUCGGUUGCUCGAGCAACUGUGUAACCAGAACGAAAGCCUGCAGCUUCCUGACGUGGCUAAUCUCCGUCUUCCCCUGAGAUCCACGGCCGACACGGAGGUCAUCACCAAGACCGCGGGCCCGCUGCACGCGAUUGCACUGGACUUGAUCCUGUGUAAACGGGCUCACUGGUUUCAGACUCUUCAACGGAUUGUUCCUCCAAAGGGAGAGGGCCAGUCAACGUACAACUUUGUCACUCUCGGGCCGGAUACCGGCGCUCAUGUUCCUGCCGCCAUGCCCACCGCUUCAGGUUCUAAUCCGCCCGCGGAUAAUCCCAGCCCUGCAACCAGCAAACACGAAGAGAUUGCCGUGAUUGGCAUGGCAUGCCGAUUCCCGCAGGCCGACUCUUUAGACGAGUUCUGGCAGCUUCUGCAAAACGGUGGCACUUCGUUUGGCAAACUUCCCGCCGACCGCUUCCACACCGAGGAUAUCACGCGGGAGCCGAAACUCCAGGGCAAUUUCUGGGGUAACUUUCUCCGCAGGCCUGAUGCGUUUGACCAUCGCUUCUUUAACAUCUCGGGUCGCGAGGCAAAAUCGAUGGAUCCUCAACAGCGGCUUGCUCUUCAGGUGGCGUAUGAGGCGUUGGAGGUUGCAGGGUAUCAUGCCCUUCCGUCUGCAAAGCAGGAAACGGAUGUGGGGUGUUAUUUGGGAGUUGGUGCUGUUGAGUAUGAGGAUAACCUUGCCGGGGAGGAUGCCAACGCGUUUUCGGCUUUGGGGAUGCUGAGAGCUUUUAUCAGCGGUCGAAUCAGCCAUUUCUUUGGGUGGACGGGUCCAUCGCUUACGUUUGAUACCGCUUGUUCUUCGUCGGCUGUGGCCAUUCACACGGCUUGCAAGGCCCUGAUAUCCGGGGAGUGCUCGAUGGCCCUGGCCGGUGGCGUGAACGUCAUUACGAGCCCAACACUGCACCAGAACCUCGCAGCCGCGUCCUUUCUGGAUCCCAACGGCCGCUCCAGGGCGUUUGACGCCUCAGCUGGGGGAUACUGUCGAGGUGAGGGGGUUGGGAUACUGGUUUUAAAACCGCUUUCCAAGGCCGUUGCGGAUGGCGACAUGAUCCUCGGUGUGGUGGCCGGCUCGGCGGUCAACCAGAACUUGAACUGCAGUUCAAUCACAGUGCCAGAGUCAGUCUCUCAGAGCUCGCUGUACAAGCGGGUCUUGUUGAUAGGGGGUGUCGAAGCGAGGGAGGUGACGUAUGUGGAGGCACAUGGCACCGGUCCUUCUCGGGCGGACCAACUGUUUUUGGGCUCGGUCAAGGAUAAUAUCGGCCACUGUGAGGCCGCCUCUGGCGUGGCCGGGGUCAUCAAGGUUCUCUUGAUGAUGCACCACGGCAUGAUCCCAAAGCAGGCCAACUUCGUGACCCUGAAUCCAAGAAUUACGACGUCCCCUGACGACAGGAUCAGCAUACCAACGACAACGCAACCUUGGGUAGCUGAGCGUAUUGCCCUGGUCAAUAACUAUGGAGCAGCCGGGAGCAAUGCGGCUAUUCUUCUCCGCGAGCACUCUCGGACACAGCAAAUGCUCAGGGUUUAUUUAUCAUCAACCGACGCAUCACUUCAGGACGUUGCAUACAACCUCGCCAGGAGACAGAAUCUAUCAUUCAAGUAUCGAGUCGCCUUCAUCGCGGCCGAUACCCACGAUCUUCUCUUAGCACUUUCCGGUGCUCACAUACCCCCUGUACCCGCCGUCAGGAGUCCAGUUGUCUUGGUGUUUGGAGGCCAAACCGGCCGCACCGUUACCGUCUCGAGAGAGCUCUACGAUGAGUGUGAGAUCUUUCGGCGGCAUUUGGUCUCUUCCGCUCUGUCAUGGAUAGACUCCGGACUCGAGAUCGACACCUUGCUCGGUCACAGCUUUGGACAGCUUUCAGCACUGGUUGUAGCCGGCUCAAUGUCUCUUGAGGAUGGCUUCCGUUUCGUCGCGGGCCGCGCCUGUCUCAUCCGGGACAAAUGGGGUCCGGAGCAAGGAGCCAUGGUGUCAUUAGAAUGCGACCGUUCCGAGAUGGAGAUGAUCAUGAAUCUCACAAACGCAACAGACGACUCACGAAUCGAGCUCGCCUGCGAGAACGGCCCUCGCAGCUUUGUUCUCGCCGGCAGCGUGGCGUCCGUGGACAAGGUUGAGGACAUCUGCCGGUCUCGUGGCCUCAGGACAACUCGCCUGCAAAACACGCAUGCGUACCACUCUUACAUUGCUGACGCCAUCUUACCCGAUCUCAAGGGUAUAGCGCAGUCGAUCGCGAUCCGGCCGCCGACUAUUCCUGUCGAAACGUGCUCUGCAGGCGAGGCAUGGCGACAGUUUGAUGCGGAACAGCUUGUGCAGCACACGAGACAACCGGUCUACUUCAAGGAUGCUGUUCAGCGUGUUACUUCGCGGCUGGCAUCGGCUAUCUGGCUUGAAGCAGGCUCUGCUUCGCCCGUCAUUGCCAUGGCUCGCCGAGUUGUCAGCAGUACUCGUCCAGCUGGAAAAUCUCCGGACAUUUUCGUUCCCGUGGACCUCAGCAGUCUCGAUUCAGGGGCAAAUCUUGCCCAUGCAGCCUGCCAGUUGUGGAGAGCUGGUUGCGCGACACAGUACUGGAGCUUCUGCCGGCCGGCACAUCAUAGCUACUCCGUGGAUAUUGCGCUACCGCCGUAUCAGUUUGAUCAGACAAGGCAUUGGAUCGAGUAUAAGCAUCGGUCAACGCAGAAGGCGAAUACCAAGUCAGACAGGAAUGGGCUGUUAAAGACAGCCGAGCUCGUGAAACUGGUGGAGAAUGGGAGACUCAGCUCAUCAGAAACGCUUUUCGUGGUCAACACAUCCACUCUACUCUUCCAGCUCGCUGCGCGCGGCCACGCCGUUGCCCGCCAGGCCCUCUGUCCAGCAUCCAUGUACCUCGAGAUAGCGGCGCGGUGUGCAACUCUGAUCAGCGAUAAAAGCGGGCAGACAGUCCCUCACAUCGAGAGCUUGACCAUGUCUGCACCGUUAGGGCUGUCCAGCGAAUCCAUCGUUUUCCUCUGCUUGCGCAGGAUCUUGGACGUCAAACCCGGCUGGGAAUUCACUAUUCUAAGCCAACCAUCAUCCGCCGGUACCGGCCUUGCCAAGGACACUUCAACCCAGCACGCGAAAGGCCUCAUCACAUUGGUUCCUGCCGGAGACCUUGUCGCCGAGAACAGGCUGAGUCUGCUCACAAAGUUCUUCCGGUACUCCCGUGCCGAGCACAUCAUGAGUCUUCCGGCCGCAAGCGGGGUGCACGGUCCGAUGGUUUACAAACUCUUUUCGGAAGUCGUGGACUAUGCAGAGUAUUACCGUGGAGUCAGCAGCUUGUCUGCACACCAAAAUGAGGCGGCUGGCCUAGUCACACCUUCCGCAGAGGUUCCCCUUGGGCUGGACGCGGGUAUCUGCGACCCGGUUGCCUUGGACAACUUCCUUCAGGUUGCGGGUAUUCACGUCAACUGUCUCUCUCCCCGAAAAAACGGGCAAGUGUUUAUGUGCACCGCCGUGGACGAGGUCAUAUUCACGCCGGCCUUUCUGAAUCUGCGCGACCGGCGGGAGGGUUCAGGGUCUCCGGCAGCGUGGACUGUCUAUACACGAUAUGAGAUGACGUCGAGCGUGGAGAUGGAGAACAAUAUCUGUGUGUAUGACACCAAGUCGAAAACUCCGGUUGUGGUUAUUUUGGGAGCCGUCUUCAAAGCCGUGCCCCUGAAAUCUCUCGAGAGAAGCCUCACAAGACUCAACUGUGUAGCGACAGCAACAGACCUCAACACACGCCCUGCGCCAACCCGGUGGAAUAGCUGCAGUUCUUCCAGCGAGCCUCCCUCGCGUGAUUCCGGAUACGACACGCUUGCGGCGUCUCCUUGCCCGAGCGUCGAACUGGAAAAGAAGACGGGGCUUCCUUUCCCGGUUCAACCUGAACCAACUGGGACAGUAGCACCAUUCGACAAGCCAAAGAAGCCCUCUCCUUCCAAACCUGAAGACUCCGGCGUUGUCAAGCGUUUGUGCGAGAUGUUCAGCAGCAUCCUUGAAAUCCCGAUUGAUGAGAUUCAGCCAACAUCAACUCUGGAUGAGCUAGGGGUUGACUCGCUGCUGGCGACUGAAGUGCUGAAUGAGAUCCAGAUGCGGUUUGACGUGAGGAUUUCGCAGGCACAACUUCAGCAGUGCCCGGAUGUGUUCCGUCUGGCUUCCAUGAUCCAGCCUGCUGAUUCUGGGGUACAGCUAGAAUCUGGCACAGUGCACGCGAGCUCCGAAAGUUCUGACUUCGACGCACCGCCAAAGCAGGACAUGAAUCUGGCCAGCUUGUGUCGAGACACCUUUAUGCAAACGAAACAGUCCUUCGACAAGUAUGCGGAUUCAACCCUCUUCUCCGGCUUUUGUACGGCAGUGCAUCCGCUGCAGUCGCAACUGGUCGUGCAAUACGUUGUGACUGCCUUUGCGUCGUUGGGCUGUGACCUUGGGACUCUAAGCGUUGGGGACGAGCUCCCUUCCUUCGGGUUCGACGCCAGGCACAGCAAGCUCAUCCCCCAGCUGUACCGAGUCCUUCAAGAUGCAGGCCUGAUAUCCAAGCGUGAUGCCGGGUUCGAGUUUUGUCGCACGGCGGUACCCAUUCCCUCCGAGUCUGCACCAGCCUUGCACCAGAGAAUGCUCGACCAAUUCCCCCAGCAUGCCUCCGAGACCAAGCUGCUCCACACCACAGCCGACAAGCUCGCAGACUGCCUAUCCGGCAGGGAAGACCCCAUAGCUCUAAUCUUCCGCGACGCAGACGCCCGCUCUCUGCUUGAAGACGUGUACACCAACGCGCCCAUGUUCAAGACCGGCACACUUGUUCUAUCAGAGUACCUCUCCUCUGUACUCACCCGCCUUGCUACUUGUACCACUGGCAGCAACAGCAACCUGAACCGUCCCAUCCAGAUCUUAGAACUCGGAGCCGGCACCGGUGGGACCACCAAACACAUCGUCUCAACCCUCUCCUCCCUGGAUCUCCCCUUCAAAUUUCACUACACCUUCACCGACCUCUCCGCGUCACUGGUAGCCGCCGCAAAGCGCAAGUUUUCGCAAUGGUCUUCGUUCAUGUCAUACACGACACUGGACGUUGAGAAAGAGCCCCCGCCGCACCUCCUUGGGGCGUUUGACAUUAUUCUCUCGACAAACUGCAUCCAUGCAACACAGGACCUGAUCCAGUCGACGACAAAUAUUCGCAAGAUGCUCCGGCAGGACGGAGUUUUGUGUCUUGUGGAGCUGACAAGGAAUCUGUACUGGUUUGAUCUGGUGUUUGGGUUGUUGGAGGGGUGGUGGCGGUUUACGGAUGGGAGGGAGCAUGCCCUUGCUGAUGAGGAGAGGUGGGAGCGGGAUUUGAGAAAGGCGGGGUUUGAGUGGGUGGAUUGGACGGGGGGUGAGACAGAGGAGUCGGAUAUUUUGAGAGUGAUUACCGCGUCGCCUUGCAAGUUGGAUCCUGGUAUCCAACGGGAAACGGUGACCUUCAAGAGUGUGGAUGGGUUGGAUCUGCUUGCGGAAAUAUACUAUCCUCCGGAGCAAGACCUGGUCACAGGGAAAAGCCUUCCCACAACUCUCCUCUCCGGCCCCAUGGCCGACGUCGCCGAUGCCCUGGCAUGGAUCCGCAACGUCCUCCCAAGCAUGCGUCUGAAACGCCCAGAUAUCCGUGUCGACGCCGAGCGUGUCGUAGCAGUCGGCUGGUCCACCGGAGGCCACCUGGCCAUGUCCCUCGCCUGGACAAGUUUCGAGGCAGGCGCCCGCCCGCCCGAGGCCAUCCUCUGCUUUUACGGACCGACGGACUAUGAAGAUCCCUUCUGGAAGCGGGCCAACAUCCCGAACGGUAUGUCUCCAAACGAGCUAGACCACCAGAUAUGGGAUGGCGUUUUCGACCGACCUAUCACACGGUACAACGUCCCGCCGCAUAAGCGCGCUCUAGGGGGGUGGAUGGCGCACGACGACGCGCGGAGCCGUCUGGCGCUGUACAUGAACUGGCAUGGCCGCACGUUGCACGUCUUGCUGGGUGGGCUGGACAAGGAGAAGAAGCUCCUGCCGGCAGAGCCUUCGCCGGAAGUCGUGGCUUCCAUCAGCCCCCUUGCCCGCGUUCUCAGCGGUGGGUAUGGCACGCCGACGUUCAUCAUUCAUCCGCGGGAGGAUGACUUGAUCCCGUGGGAGCAGGCUGAUCGGACCUGGCGUGAGAUGCGUAACAUGGGGUUGGACACGGAACUGAGGAUCCUGGAGGGGGUGCCGCAUCUUUUUGACAUGGUGAAGGGUUGGGAGCGGAAUGAAGAGGCCAAGAGGGCGGUGGAGGAUGGGUAUGCGUUCUUGUGUCGGUAUGCUGGCUUACCGUUUCGUGGUUGA